AUGAUGUUCUAUCCUCCAGCUCCAGGAGUGGUGUUCAAUCCUUCUGAUCGGGAGAUAGUUUCCUUUUUUCUGCCCAAGUUGAUGAGUGGUGAAGGGAUCGGCGAACUUAGCUACCUCAUUGAAUUUUGUGAUCUAUAUUGCAUCAAGCCAGCUGCCCUGUUUGAUGUUAACAAAGGCUUUCUUCCGUUCGUCAAACCCAACCAGCGUUUCGUCUUCACCCAUCGUCAGAAGAUUUCUCAAAAGAAUGCGAAUGGAAAACGACCUAGAAGGGUUCUUGACAGUCGAGCAGCAGGAGACGGUGGAUUUUGGAGGUCUUCAACAGGUGAGAAACCUAUUCUUGAUAAACAAGGAGAGCAUGUUAUAGGGUACGUGAAUACCCUUAACUUCUAUGAGUACAAGGGUGAGAAACGAAGUCCAAAGGAUGCCACCAAAACUAGCUGGCUUAUGCAUGAGUAUCGUCUCCCCGGAGAAAAUUUUCAAGAAUGGGUUAUCUGCAAGAUCAAAGACACAGCGUGUUCAGAGGAAGAUAAGUGUGUAGCUUUUUGGGUUAAGGAGCUUUUUGGAAAUCUGCUUCUUGGAAACAAAGAAUGUCCAUCAUCUGCUUUGAUGCAAGAAGCUGUUUUCAGUGGAAAUUUACCUUUGCCCGAUGAUGGACAAUGCGAUCCUUUGAUAGAUAAUUACGUGGAUGGAAGGUUGCAGCAGUCAGAGAACCUGGAAUGUCAAUCAUCAAUUUUGGUGGAAGGAUCAGAAUCUCUAGUAAAUGGUUUUGGAGAAAUGGAUUCUAAUGGCCUAGUAGGUGAGGGUUAUUCUUUUUUGAUGGAUCAGUUACCGGAUGAAGACCCCUUCAAUGAGGUGGAUCAACUACUAGGGAUUAGCAACAACGAUCAAAUUAGCAACUUGCAUGAGCUUGUCAUUGAUAAGAGCGUAGAUGAAUUAUUGCCUGAAUAUGGGGCAUUAAUCGAUGGUGACUGUUUGAAGGAAGUGGAUCAACUACAUGCUAUUAGCAACAACAAUGAAAGUAGCAAAUCGGUUGAACCUGUCAUUGUCACUGGUAAGAAUGUAGAUGAGCUAUCGGGUGGAUAUGAGGAAUUAAACUAUGAUGACUCUUUCAAGGAGGUGGAUCAGCUAUGGGGAAUUAGCAACACAGAUGAGAAUAGCAAGUUGGAUGAGCUUUUCACUGAUAAGGAUGUAGAUGACAUACAUGCAUUGUUGGCUUUCGACCAUCUGCCACCUUUGGAGUAG